AUGCCAUCAUUACCAGAUUUAGUGAAAAGUUUAAGUGUUGCCUUUGAUGCUAAAGACUACGAAAGUUGUAAGAAAUUGCUUACUCCCAUUAAGAUCGAACUUUUGAAAAACAAUGUUUUCCUUCCUGACCCAAAUAAUCAAAAUGAAGUGUAUAUCAAUGAUUUGAAUAUAAGUAAGAAAAUACUAGAGAUCGGUGCUUUGGUAAGCAUCAACAGUCUAGAGUUGGAAUCUUUUCAGAAUUAUUUUGACCAAUUGAGACUAUAUUAUUUUUCUAAUAAUAACGUUUUAUCAACUUCAGAGAAUAAAUCUAAACUGGUAAGCUUGUAUAUGCUAAUAUUAUUAUCUCAAGGUGAUGUCAGUAAAUUCCAUUCUGAAUUAGAAUUUGUCGAUAAACAUAUUCCAGAUUUAAAAGAAAACGAUCUUUUAUCAUAUCCAAUUGAAUUAGAUAGAUGGCUAAUGGAAGGUUCUUAUCAAAAAGCUUGGGAUUUGUUGAAAGCAGGAUCUAAAGUGGCGGAGUUUGAUGUAUUUACUAAGACUUUAAUGGACGCAAUAAGAGAAGAGAUUGCUUGUAAUACAGAACUUUCAUAUUCAGAAUUGCCGCUAACAAAUGUUAAGACUUUACUGUUUUUUAAUAGCGAAAAGGAAGCUGAAGUAUUUGGAAUGGAAAGAGGUUGGAAAGUCCGAAAUGGGAACAUUUAUUUCAAAGACGAAGCUAGUCCUCAAGUAACGGAACAUAAAUCUACUUUCGUUUUGAAAACUUUGGAUUAUGCAAUUAAUUUAGAAUCAAUUGUGUAG